AUGCGCUGGGCGCUUCCAGCGGCCAGCCCACUUGCCCUUCCUGCAAUGGAACCCGCUCACCCACACGGAAAGGAUACUGGCGAGCCCCAAGCGUGCGAUCCGGGGUUUGCUGCGCCAACAUGCCCGAAGGCGCCGUCGAGCGGAUCUCUGGAGGCGCCACGGACGCCCUCUGGUGUGCCGGCGGAUGCGUCCGUGACGGGCCGUGGAGAUGGAGCGGUUGAUGGCGAUCUCUGGACCGGUUUAGUGGGCAGGAGCUGGAGGUGCACGCGCAGGGAGCAACCCGGGGUGCCGAGCGGGCGGAUCCUGUGCGUCGAGAACGUCGGCCCCUCAUUCAACAACGAGGGCCUCGAGCGGCUGUUCCCAAAGUUUGGAACAAUAACGUCGACGAAGGUGUUGAGCAAAAGCACAGGAGAGAGCCAUGACAUUGGUGUUGUCUGCUACAGCACAGCAGAUGAAGCAUCACGUCCUCUUUCAGAAAUGAAUAAACAGUCAAAUGACAAUUGCCGCCCAGCUGGGCAGCCCACGAUUGUUGCUGGUUGUGUGGAAAUGGACGAGGCGGUUUCAACAGAGGAUCUCUCACAUGGGCCCAGACACACGGGAACAGCUGAGGAGCCUGAUCGACAAUACUCACCUGCUCGGCCGAAUUUGGGCGGCACGAAGAUGGGGAAACGAGCUACCCUGGGCUCCUGUUCAGGAUGGGCAUUCUCUGCCCUGGUUGGAUUGGGAAUGGAGUGCGUGAGGGGUGCCCUGAGAAAUUCCUUUACGGGCACCUUUACAGGCAUUUUGUUGCUGACUUUUGCAUCAACAGUGGUGCGAGUCACGUACCCCACAGGAGCGGCCGACCUGGCGCCCAUCAUGAACAGUGUGCAGCUGCUGCAGGCCCAGAGACUGGACCUCACCACACGGAAAAAGGACUUUGUUGCACUGGGGGCAGGUCGCCUGCAGAUUGGCGAGUCGAUCAGCACCCUGAUGGACGAUGGGGGGUACUGGAACUUGCUGUACCCGAGCUCCCGAGGCCUGCUGCUGGGCAGCAGCACCAACACCUUGGGAGACAAGAUAAAAUGGCAAAUGAUGAACACGCUUUGUGUGACGGGGGAUGACAAGGAUGGCGAUGGAGUGGCUGUUGCCAACACCCGCAGGGUGUCUUUGUCCCCCCCGCCAGCCACCGAGUUGGAUGUUAAGGAAACGUGUGAGCCUCUGGCGGCCACAUUUUCAGCACGAGACCGAUUCGAGACCUUUGGGAGUGAGCAGGCUCCGCCGGAGUUCCUAUCAUGCUUCUACCUGGCCACCUUAGGAAAUGUGGAUAACCUUGCCUUGGUGGAGGAGAACACAGAGCAGGACGGCCGUAAGCGCAGGGAAGAGGAGGAGCGGCUGAAGAGAGACCUUGAGAUGAUGGCUGAAGGGAGGGUGCAGAGGGAGGCGAGGCUGCUGGAACUGGAUUGUGGCGAAACCAUACCACAGACUUGGCUGGGUGUGACCAGGUUCCUUGGGCUGCCCAGCGGUGAGAACACAACACACAUCGAUGUGUUCUGGGAGGCCAGCCCAGCAGAGGGUGGUGAGCUGAUUCUGCGCAGGCAGCUGACGAGGAAUGCUGCGUGGGACAUCGAGGACUUGCAGGUUCGGCUGUGGCAACCGGGAGCCAGCGGUGAGCUCGAGGAGCUGACCGAUCAGCAGCAGGCAUGCGAUGUGAUCCAGAAAACGUUUGUGACAAUUGGUUCCUCCUCAGAGGAACAGGCCGUCGCCUUCACUCUGGUGCAGGGCCGUGGGCUCACAAACUGCGACGAGCCCAACAUCGGCGCCCGCAACCUGGACAUCAGUGAGCGCGCAUUCAGCAGCCUCCUGACGGAGCUGGACAGGAAGGUGGGCCAAGAGCGGCCCCAGGAGGACACCCUGCCCUUCUUCCUUGCUCUGGUGCUGGGCAUCUUGGCAACGACGAUCAUUGAGGUACGCCUGACGAUUGUGCUGGAUCGGGGGCGCAAGGAGAGGCGGUGGCGGGACGAGGUCGCCGAGAAACUGCUGCUGGCCACCAGAGGGAGGGUACCCUUCCAGGAGUACAGGGACCUCUGUUACCACAAGAUCAGGCGGAUGAAAAAUUGGCAGCUGUAUAAGACGAGCGUGAUGCUUGCCAGCAUCCUGGUGCUCACAGCGCCAAUUUUCUUGUCGAUGGUGGGCUCACUGCGAGCCAGGAAUUACACUGAGGAGGUGGUGGUUGUGGACACAGCGGACGUGGCAACUGUUCGGGACCUGCUGAACAGGACCGAACAGCUGGAUGUCCUGGCGGGGGAGAUAUUCAGGAACGAGCCAGGGGCUGUGGCGGAAACUCUGGCUGUUGCGGACAUAUGGGUGGGUCGGGCUGUGCUCACUGAGACUGAUACCCAGUUUGGGGAGAGGAUGGCGGUCGCUGUGUUGGCGUUCCUGCUCAGCAUAGCCAUCGCCAUAUUUCACAUCUGGGACAACCAGAUGCUAAGCUUCUUGCACAAGAAGAACCCCCUGCGACCAAGGAAUUUCCGAGAGGAGAGGAUGCUGCUGGUGCGCCUUCGCGAUGGGGCGGUCAGCGGAGGAGAGUACAUUCAUCGGGAGGAUUCCACGCCCAUGUCCCAGACGGCGCUGUUGAGAGACAGCUCCGCAAGGAACGGCGAAGGCCACGUAGAGAUGGAGAUGAGCGAGCUGGCAAUGUACUCCCGCAAGGGGAGCCUGCUGGCCAUGCUGCCGUCGGUGAACCACCUGUGGCACACCUAG